ACUCUGCCGCCUAACCGGAACUGCGCUUCCCUUUGCACGGAGCACUUCCGGGGUCAGAGGUGACGGCUUCCGGCAACUAAUGCCUCUCCCGGACACAGAUCGCCCCCUCCCCUUUUCACUUUGCCCGCAGGCCAGUUUAAAAAAAUGGAACCUUGUUCCUGUGACACUUUCGUGGCAUUACCUCCAGCAACAGUGCAAAAUAGGAUUAUUUUUGGAAAAAAUUCAGAUAGACCCUGUGAUGAAGUACAAGAGGUAGUUUAUUUUCCUGCUGCAGUUCACGAUAACCUGAGAGGACAUCUUAAGUGUACUUACAUAGAAAUUGAUCAGGUCCCUGAAACAUAUGCUGUUGUUCUCAGUCGCCCAGCUUGGUUGUGGGGCGCAGAAAUGGGAGCCAAUGAACAUGGAGUUUGCAUUGGGAAUGAAGCUGUUUGGGGAAGAGAAGAAGUUUGUGAUGAAGAGGCGCUACUGGGCAUGGACCUUGUCAGACUUGGCCUUGAAAGAGCUGAUACAGCUGAAAAAGCUCUCGAUGUCAUUGUUGAUUUAUUAGAGAAAUAUGGCCAGGGUGGAAAUUGUUCAGAGGAUGGUAUGGCAUUUAGCUAUCACAACAGUUUCCUAAUAGCUGAUAGGAGUGAAGCCUGGAUUCUGGAGACUGCAGGGAAGUACUGGGCAGCAGAAAAAGUACAAGAGGGAGUUCGUAAUAUUUCUAAUCAGCUUUCUAUAACGACCAAGAUUGAUCGGGAACACCCAGACAUGAGAAACUAUGCUAAGCGGAAAGGUUGGUGGGAUGGUAAAAAGGAGUUUGAUUUUGCAGCGACAUAUUCUUAUAUUGACACAACCAAGAUGACAAUUUCACCAGGAAGAUACUGUGAAGGCUACAAACUUCUGAAUAAACACAAAGGAAACAUAACUUUUGAAACAAUGAUGGAAAUUCUCCGAGAUAAACCAAGUGGCAUUAAUAUGGAGGGAGAAUUCCUGACCACUGCAAGCAUGGUUUCUAUUUUACCUCAAGAUUCCAACUUUCCUUGCAUUCACUUCUUUACUGGGACUCCUGAUCCUGAGAGAUCUGUUUUUAAGCCUUUCAUAUUUGUGCCAAAUAUUUCACAACUACUGGACACCAGUUCACCAAUAUUUGAAUUUGAAGACCCAGUAAAAAAGAAGCCACAUUUUAAGACUAAACCUGAUAGAAGACACCCACUCUACCAAGAGCAUCAACAGGCAUUGAAAGUAAUAGAUAACAAGGAGGAAAAAGCCAAAACAAUGUUGGAGAACAUGAGAAAACUGGAGAAAGAACUAUUCAAAGAGAUGGAAUCAAUCCUUCAAAACAAGCAUCUUGAUGUGGAUAAAAUUGUUAAUCUUUUUUCUCAGUGUACAAAAGAUGAAAUUCGAAUUUAUAAGUUAAAUAUUAGUUCUUAAUUAUCAUCUAAAUGGUCCACGAUCUUCCUCAAAGUCAGAAUCAAUCACCGUGGUAAAUGAUAUGAAUCUAGUGUGAGCAGAUAUGAUUAUUGUUUAAUAGCAUUCAAGUGAUAGCUUGACUAUUAAAACUGCAUAUAAUUGCUGAAAUAUCAAGAAAGAAAAUAACAUCGAAAUUAGACACAUAUAUUAUGGGAUAGCCAGUUGUUACAAUCAGAUGCUGCUGAUUCCGCUCGUGCAAAUAACAGAACGUGUGGUAUGAC